UUGAUCCUGCGGCCCCGGGGUUGCGAGCCACCGCCGCCCCGCCCGAGCUGGGUGCCGCGGUCCUCGGCUCUGCGCCGCGCGUCUCCGCGGCUGCCUCUUUAAUCAGGAACACAGAAGGGGCGGGCCCUGAGCGGGCGCGUAAUCGGAUCGCUCUGCCGCGGCUCUGACAUCCACAUGCUGCUCGGCCUGAAAAGGCGAGGGGGGGAGCCGGAGGGGAGGCAGAGGAGGCGAGCGAGGCACCAGCCCGCAACCCGCCCCCGGCACAUCCUCAGAAGCACAGACACUCGGCCGGGCGCUGGGCGAGGUGGAGGUGAGGGCGGGCGCCAGCGAACUCGGAGAGCCGCUCGCACACUCGCGGGCGAUCCCAGCCGCCGCUCCCGCAGCAGCACCAGCAGCACCGGCCGCAGCAGCUUCCUGCCUCGCACUCCUCUCCAGAGACUGGCCAAGCGGGUGUAGCCGCCGGGGGAGGCUCCCGCUUAGGGGAACCCGGAGAGGACAGAGCCCGGCGCCUGACUGCCUACCACUCCGCCUGUCCAGCGGUCGGUGCCUCUGCCCGCGUGUGUGUCCCGGGUGCCGGGGGACCUGUGUCAGUUUGCGCUUCUGAGAUCACACAGCUGCCUAGGGGCCGUGUGAUGCCCAGGACAAUUCUUGGCUUUGAUUUUUAUUAUUACUACUAUUUUGCGCUUAGCUUUCGGGAAACCCUCGUGAUGUUGUAGGAUAAAGGAAAUGACACUUUGAGGAACUGGAGAGAACAUACACGCGUUUGGGUUUGAAGAGGAAACCGGUCUCUGCUGCCCUAGCUUGCUCCCUCUCUGCUGAUUUCAGGAGCUAUCUCCUAGUGAGGUGGAGAUAUUCCAGCAAGAAUAAAGGUGAAGACUGACGGACUGCCAGGACCCAGGAGGAAAACGCUGAUGGUUAGAGACCUUUGCAGAAAACACCACAAAGAAGAAAAUUAGAGAGGAAAAACACAAAGACAUAAUUAUACGAGAUCCCACAAACCUAGCCCCCGGCAAAGCCUCUCUGUCAAAAAUGGAUAUGUUUCCUCUUACCUGGGUUUUCUUAGCUCUGUACUUUUCAGGACACGAAGUGAGAAGCCAGCAAGAUCCACCCUGCGGAGGUCGGCUGAAUUCCAAAGACGCUGGUUACAUCACUUCCCCAGGUUACCCCCAGGACUAUCCCUCCCACCAGAACUGUGAGUGGGUUGUCUAUGCCCCCGAACCCAACCAGAAGAUUGUCCUCAACUUCAACCCUCACUUCGAAAUCGAGAAACACGACUGCAAGUAUGACUUCAUUGAGAUUCGGGAUGGGGACAGUGAGUCGGCUGACCUCCUGGGCAAGCAUUGUGGGAACAUUGCCCCGCCCACCAUCAUCUCCUCCGGCUCCGUGUUAUACAUCAAGUUCACCUCAGACUACGCCCGGCAGGGGGCAGGUUUCUCUCUACGCUAUGAGAUCUUCAAAACAGGCUCUGAAGAUUGUUCCAAGAACUUUACAAGCCCCAAUGGGACCAUUGAAUCUCCAGGGUUUCCAGAGAAGUAUCCACACAAUCUGGACUGUACCUUCACCAUCCUGGCCAAACCCAGGAUGGAAAUCAUCCUACAGUUCCUGACCUUUGACCUGGAGCAUGACCCUCUACAAGUGGGGGAAGGAGACUGUAAAUAUGACUGGCUGGACAUCUGGGAUGGCAUUCCACAUGUUGGGCCCCUGAUUGGCAAGUACUGUGGGACGAAAACACCCUCCAAACUCCGCUCGUCCACGGGGAUCCUCUCCUUGACCUUUCACACAGACAUGGCAGUAGCCAAGGAUGGCUUCUCGGCACGUUACUAUUUGGUCCACCAAGAGCCGCCUGAGAACUUUCAGUGCAAUGUCCCUCUGGGAAUGGAGUCUGGCCGGAUUGCUAAUGAACAGAUCAGUGCCUCAUCCACCUUCUCUGAUGGGAGGUGGACUCCUCAACAGAGUCGGCUCCAUGGUGAUGACAACGGCUGGACCCCCAACUUGGAUUCCAACAAGGAGUAUCUCCAGGUGGACCUGCGCUUCCUAACCAUGCUCACGGCCAUUGCAACACAGGGAGCCAUUUCCAGGGAAACCCAGAAAGGCUACUAUGUCAAAUCAUACAAGCUGGAGGUUAGCACAAACGGUGAAGACUGGAUGGUCUACCGGCAUGGCAAAAACCACAAGAUAUUCCAAGCUAACAAUGAUGCGACCGAGGUGGUGCUGAACAAGCUCCACAUGCCGCUGCUGACUCGGUUCAUCAGGAUCCGCCCACAGACGUGGCAUUUGGGCAUUGCCCUUCAACUGGAGCUCUUUGGCUGCCGGGUCACAGAUGCGCCCUGCUCCAACAUGCUGGGGAUGCUCUCAGGCCUCAUUGCUGAUACCCAGAUCUCUGCCUCCUCCACCCGAGAGUACCUCUGGAGCCCCAGUGCUGCCCGCCUUGUUAGCAGCCGCUCUGGCUGGUUUCCCCGGAACCCUCAAGCCCAGCCAGGUGAAGAAUGGCUGCAGGUGGACCUGGGGACACCCAAGACAGUGAAAGGCGUCAUCAUCCAGGGAGCCCGCGGAGGAGACAGCAUCACUGCUGUGGAAGCCAGGGCAUUUGUCCGCAAGUAUAAAGUCUCCUACAGCUUAAAUGGCAAGGACUGGGAAUAUAUCCAGGACCCCAGGACUCAGCAGCCAAAGCUGUUCGAAGGCAACAUGCACUAUGACACCCCUGAUAUCCGAAGGUUCGAUCCAGUUCCAGCGCAGUAUGUGCGGGUGUACCCAGAGAGGUGGUCACCAGCAGGCAUUGGGAUGAGGCUGGAGGUCCUGGGCUGUGACUGGACAGACUCAAAGCCCACAGUGGAGACACUGGGACCCACCGUAAAGAGUGAAGAGACUACCACCCCAUAUCCCAUGGAUGAGGAUGCCACUGAGUGUGGGGAAAACUGCAGCUUUGAGGAUGACAAAGAUUUGCAACUUCCUUCAGGAUUCAACUGCAACUUUGAUUUUCCUGAAGAGUCCUGUGGUUGGGUGUACGACAGUGCCAAGUGGCUCCGCAGCACCUGGAUCAGCAGCGCUAGCCCCAACGACAGAACGUUUCCAGAUGACAAGAACUUCUUGAAACUACAGAGCGACGGCCGACGAGAGGGCCAGUAUGGGAGACUCAUCAGCCCGCCAGUACACCUGCCCCGCAGCCCUGUGUGCAUGGAGUUCCAGUACCAAGCCAUGGGCGGCCACGGGGUGGCACUGCAGGUGGUACGGGAAGCGAGCCAGGAGAGCAAACUCCUUUGGGUCAUCCGUGAGGACCAGGGCAACGAGUGGAAGCAUGGGCGCAUUAUCCUCCCCAGCUAUGACAUGGAGUAUCAGAUCGUGUUCGAGGGAGUGAUAGGGAAGGGACGAUCGGGAGAGAUUUCCAUCGAUGACAUUCGGAUAAGCACUGAUGUCCCACUGGAGAACUGCAUGGAACCCAUCUCAGCUUUUGCAGGUGAGGAUUUUAAAGGGGGCACCCUCCCGCCAGGGACCGAGCCCACAGUGGACACGGUGCCCGUGCAGCCCAUCCCAGCCUACUGGUAUUACGUUAUGGCGGCCGGGGGUGCAGUGCUGGUGCUGGUCUCCGUCGUCCUGGCCCUGGUGCUCCACUACCACCGGUUCCGCUAUGCGGCCAAGAAGACCGAUCACUCCAUCACCUACAAAACCUCCCAGUACACCAACGGGGCUCCUCUGGCAGUCGAGCCCACCCUAACCAUUAAGCUAGAGCAAGAGCGGGGCUCGCACUGCUGAGGGCCGAAGCAGGAACAGCGCCCCCCAAAAACCAAGAAAGACUGCAAACACGUUGCCUCGAUUUUGCACUUUUUUCCUCCUCGCCUAGUCUCUGCGUGAACCCUCAGACAUCUCUCUCUCCAGGGUCACCAACCCUGAGCGCUCUUCUGUACCCUACAUCAUUCUCUGUGGUUCUUGGUUCCGGUUUCUCUUUGCUCUGAUAUUGUUUGUUUUUAUCAUUAUUUUUUUUUCCUUUUUAAUCUUCUCUUUUAUUCCUUUCUCCCCUCCCCAACCCCUUUUUUUUCUAAUGAUUUUAAACCCAACUCUAAUGCUGCAUCUGGAAUCCCAGAAGAGACCCGCCCCUAAGCACUUCACAACCCAAGGCUCUGUUGGUUUUGUUCCAGAGACAGGCCCUGUUGUUUUCUCCCCUUGCCUUAUCCCAUCCCUCCUCUCCUGGGCAGGCUGCCAGGUGUCUUGAGGGGAGCCUGGUCCUGUAUGUAUGUACACAGUACACUCCCAUGUGAAGAGGUGUGUGUGUGUGUGUGUGUGUAUGUGUGUGUGUGUGUGGUGGAUUUUUGAAGGAGAGACUGAUUCACUGUGGAGGGGGGGAGUGUGUGGGUGCGUGUAGAGAGGGGCCCCUUCCCUCUUGUGUUGCUUCUUCUGGGGUACUUUUCAAGAAAAUAAUAUACUGUACACAUUUUGUUUACUUGGAGAAGAGAUUGGAGCUUUUUUGUUGCCUUAUCUAGCAUUGGCUAGGUUUCUGUUGGCUAUCAUUGUCAUCUCCAGGUACCUAGAAAAUUAGAGACUGUUCGGAAUACAAUGUGGCUGCACCCACCUUAUUCCCAUCCCAAGCCACCCGACACAAGACUAUGGUUCCUCCAGUGCACUCAGACAUGACCCCUUUUGUUAUGUUUCCCGGUGUCUUUGAAGUCACAAGAUAACAGCCAUUGGGUGCAUGGAGUCAUCUCUACUUCCAGCCCUGAAGCAAAUGUGUCUCAUGUUGCCUUAUAAAAAGAAAAAAAAAAAAAAAGGAAAAAAAAAGAAGAUGAAUAAAAAGUUCAUAAUGAAUGUUUAGCUCUGAUGGUCCAGUUGUGGAAUAAGUCAUAAAGAAUAACACAUCUGGGAUGAUGUAAACUCAGUAGUCUGUUUUAAUUGUGAGCAGGAGGGGACCAAUAGAAGGGAGGAGAUGGAAAGACCCAAAUGUUGACUUUGCAGAGUCUCCUCAGCCCUGGGCAUCAUUGCAUUGAGCCUAAUGCAGGAUGGGGUUGAGGAAGAAGGUAUUCUUUGGUAUCAUUUUGGUCAUUGUAAUAGCGUUUGUAAAAUAUGAGGGAAGGGGGUUUAUUUGCUUUCCUUUCAUGGUGUUAACGUGUGCCUGAAUCUAUAGCUACUGAAGUGUGUGGCUGUCCACCUGACUUAGUUAAAUAUUAUGAGAAAAUAGAAGGGAAUCAUUUGUUGAAAUGAAUCCAAAUGCUACCAGUUAAAGCUCUCAUGGCAUCUGGCUACUACAUCCUCAAUGUCUGGUCUGACUAUACCCCCAAAGGCUGGUCUGACAUCAGCAGUUACAUUAGCAUGGGCAGAGAGAGGAUGCCGUUGUAAAGGUACAGCCAUUUCUCCUGGAAAGUCUCCACCAGGAGAGAUAUUACAGAGAAGUUGCCCGAUGAUCCUGUAGAAAGGCUGUAUUAAAUAGCAAAGUCAAUUUCGUUGCAACAAAGUGUCUCUUUGAAGAUUCCAAGUAUACUAGGGCUCAGUCUUGGAGCCAUUUGUUUUCUACUUUCCACCUUGGAAAGUGAACAAUUCUCUCAAGAUGGUUGCCUGGUCACAUGACUCUCCAGACACCUUCUAAGAACAAAAUACUAAUGAUUUGUUGUUGUUGUUGUUGUUGUUAUUGCUUGGGAGAGAGAGCCAUUCAGCAUUCUCUCAGAGUAGCCAGAUAGGUCCCUCCCGCACACUCUCAGCUUUUGCAUCUGGCUCCUUUCAUCCUCCUGAAAGGACACUGCUCUCCGGCUCUUACUCUGUUUCAAAGAGCUAUUCUGUCUCAACUACAGCAGCCCUGCCAAGAAAAGAAAAGAUGAAAGGCUAGUGUGUGGCUACCUUGAGGUGCCCUACCUCAGCGGAAGAUGGAGAAGGAAGCGUGAACUCAGGUGGGCAGCAGCCCUGAGUGCUGAAAGAACCAUGGUGUCACCAAGGGUUUUUGUUGUUGUUGUUGUUGUUGUUGUUGUUUUUAAACCGAGUUGUUUACUCACCACUAGCUGAGCUUUUAGGGCUAGUCAUUCCUUGCAAAUGAUUGACAUUUCUACAGGUGCCCUGUGGAAGCACUAGAAAACCACAGCUAGAAAAUCAGUCCAGCAUAGCCAAGGAGAGUAGCCGAGGCAUCUUCCUUCCCCUUUAAAAGAAAAUGGUGGCCAUGUUGUAAACUUGCUCUGUGCUCAUCUGAUGCCCCCAUCAGCAUCAUAUCAGCAUGUACAUGUCACAGAUGAGAAGAUGGUGCAUCCCAUGAAACCUUCAGCCAGGACUCAUGCUUAAGCUCUUAAACUCUCUCUCUCAUUCUCUCUCUCUCUCUCUCUCUCUCUCUCUCUCUCUCUCUCUCUCUCUCUCUCUCUCUCUCUCUCUCUCUCUCUCUCUUUCUCUCUCUCUCCCCUCUUCUUUCUCCUGCUUCCCCAACUCCAGCAUCUUUCAUAGUAUUAUCUAAAAGGGAAGCUCAUGUGUAAAAUGCCAUGCCUUGCUGCUUUAGAAAGCAAAAUUCUAUAUCCUGUUAGGGAUGAAAGCAUCACUCGCUUCUAAGAAAACUGGACUGGACAGAUGAAUCUGGGCGUGCACCAGUGCAGCAUUGCUUCUCAGAAGACAAAGCAGUGGUACCAACUGUUAAAAUGUAGAAGAGUGUAUGAAUGAGGUGAAGGGCCAGCUGGGCUAGAAAGCUUUCGCCUUACUAGAGAUCUCACAAGAACCAUUCCUUGAGAGUAUGCUAGCAGCUGCUGUCUCUUAUUGCUGGCAAAAGCAGAAAAAGGAAAAAAACAAAAACAAAACAAGUGUAGUAUUGCCAUUGACAAAACAGGAUGCCCAAAAUAAAGUCAUUCCUUCCCCUGUCCCACUUCUUUUGAUUAAAACCAUAAUAGGAGAUCUAGUACUAUUUUUGAGGUUAAUGCCCCAUCUUUUAAAACACCCCUGUCUCUAAAAUUAAAAGCUAGCAGGCAAGCAAACACCUAAAAGGUCAAAAUCUACCAAAGAACAGCAAAACAAGAAAAACCUAAAGAUUUUUAUUUCCUAUUCUUAUCCCUCCCUAUAACUGUGACGCCCUUUGCAUUGCUCAGUUGCCUGUGUGUCAAAAUAACUUGUGGAUGUUGGAAACUAUUUGAAAAUGUAUUGUGUGGAAUGUAAUAAAAUGAUGAUAUUUUUAUACAAA